AUGGCCGAACCAGGCGCAUCUACGAGCUCGUCGCUCGUGCGCAAGCGGACGGACACAGAGUUGAUGCCGCCUCCGCCACCAGCAAAGCGCAUCCAACGCCCCAAGACCGUCCUCGACGAAGACUCGUACACAGACGGAUUGUCGAAGAUCAUUGCACGCGAUUUCUUCCCCGGCCUGAUUGAAUCGGAAACGCAAAACGAAUACCUGAAUGCGCUUGAAUCGAAAGAUCCAGCAUGGAUCUCCAGCGCUGGAAAACGGCUCAAAGAAGCCAUGACGCCCGGCCGCCGCCACCGGUCAAGGCUGCACACGCCGUCUCUUCGCGGAACUCUAGAUGGCCGCCCGGGCGAAACACCGCAGAGUUUUGCGGGCGACACACCUGCCUCGGUCGUUUCCAUCAGCACAACGGCCACGGUGGAUACCCCGGUAGUCACCAAGGUGGGAUCGAACCCCGACACAAACGUCAGCCUUGGCACGUACCAGUCCAAAUACACGAGCGAGGACAACGAAAGCUUCUACAAGCUGCUCGACAAACAGAAUCAGACGCGGGCUGAGAAGCAUUCAUGGGUCUACAACGGCAACAAGCUACCGUCCAAGAUGCAGCUGAAGCAGAAGGAGGUGGAGGACCGGCUGAUCGAGUCGGGCGUCAGCCUCGUCGACAACGGUUACCAGAAAGACCGCUUGGCCAUUAAGGACCAAGACGACCGUCCGGCAGCGCCCGAUACGUGGAAGACCAAGGCAAAGAAUGGACUCAUGUUCCUGCCGGACGGCGUUGACGGGUCUGUCGAGACCGUAGCCCAAAAGGCGCAAGCUGACUCGCUUGCGGCGCCCAAGUCGAUCGUAUACGCCAACACGCGUCUGCGAGGCACGUCGCUGCUCUCUGAGCAGCGGAGACAGGAAACACCACAAAAUCAACAAAAUCAACAAAAGGGACGGCGAAGCAGCUCGGUCUCCAGCGCCGCCAUCCCACCAUCACCGACACUGUCGGCCGUGCGCGACGCCAUUGCAGGCAAGCCACGGCGCAUGGACGCUGACUCGACAGCAGGCUCACUUGCCGGUUCGACCAUGGGUGGCGAGACGCCCCGCGUCAACGGGUACGCCUUUGUCGAUGAAGAACCCGAGGCCGAGCUCGGCGCACCGCCAGUCAUCGAUUUUGGCAAGGUCGACGGCACGCCCAACCCGUUCCAGCUUCAAGACAAGAGCAAGCGCGAGGGUUUGCACCACCGCAUGGUCGAGCGCAUUGCGCACUCGAAGCGGACGUCGGCGCGUGUUGGCAUGACGGGCCGCGCCAGCCAAACACCGCAUACGCCGCUGCCGCACAGCCCGCGCUUGUCGGGUGGACUGACGCCUGCUGGACAGCGUCUUUGGAGCAACAUGGCCGGCGGUGGCGGCAGCAAGACAAAAGAUGCGAUAUCGGCGUUCAAUCGGAGCAGGGGCGGGAAGCAGAACAAUGCCAAGGGCAGCCGACGGGCAAGAUUACGGGAGAUCCGGUCCGUGCUCCAGUAA